GAGAGAAAAAAGGAGACAGCAUCAGAAGAGCAGGCAGAGCUCAUCGCUGCAGCAUAAGACGCCGGCAUUGUCGUUGAUAAGAUCUGAAACAUGAGCAUUGCAUGUUGACACAAAAGCAAGCGAAAGGAACAUGCUGACCUUACCCUUCGAGGAGCCCGUCAUGAUGCCCGAACCCCAGUUCGGUGGGAACUUUCCCAGAGAAUGCGUAGCCGAUAAUAAAAGCAGAAAAGCCGACUAUUUAAAACUGGAAAAAACGCCGUCGCCAGAUAUUAAGACCCAAGAGGAAGACUCGGAUAAGGACGAGGAUGACAGGGAAGAAGACGGUGAUGAAAACGGCUUGCCCAGGCGAAGAGGCCCCAGGAAAAAGAAAAUGACCAAAGCACGUAUAGAAAGGGUAAAGAUGAGACGUCAGGAGGCGAAUGCAAGAGAGCGGAGUCGAAUGCACGGCCUCAAUAACGCACUGGACAGCCUUCGCAAGGUAGUACCCUGCUACUCGAAAACCCAAAAGCUCUCCAAAAUCGAGACCUUGCGCUUGGCCAAGAAUUAUAUCUGGGCACUGUCAGAAAUCCUCAGCGCUGGGAAGAGACCCGAUCUGCUAGCCUUUGUGCAGACCUUGUGUAAAGGAUUGUCACAGCCAACCACCAAUUUGGUAGCGGGAUGUCUCCAGCUGAACGCCAGAAAUUUCCUCACAGAUCACAACGGGGAAGCUUCUCACUCUGGCAGGCCUCCAUACCAGAACUUGUACCCACCUUAUCACAGCCCCGAGUUGGGCACGCCCACAGCGCACGGCAGCAGCACCGUGGACAGCGCCAAGCCCUUCAGGCCCUACAAUUACUGCAGUACCUACGAGUCUUUUUACGAAAGCACUUCCCCCGAGUGUGUGAGUCCACAAUUCGAGGGUCCUCUAAGUCCCCCGAUAAACUUUAAAGGGAUAUUUUCCCUUAAGCAGGAGGACUCAGCUGAAUAUGGUAAGAAUUACCAUUACGGCAUGCAUUACUGUGCAGUGCCUAGCCGAGGGUCGUUGGGUCAAAGUUCGAUGUUUAGGAUGUCUUCUGAUAGUCACUUCCCUUACGACUUACACCUUCGCGGGCAACCCUAUAAUAUGCAGGACGAGUUGAAUGCCUCCUUCAAUAACUGACAGGGUGCUGAACGAGGAGAGAACACCAUGUCCCAUAUGGCACCCUAAAGACGUCUGGCAGUUUUGUCGAUUGUCUCCGAUAGUAAAAUAUGAAUCGUGUGCCCAGCCAGAUUUGAUUAUUGUGUUCUCUUUUUUCUCUUGCAUUUAAUUUAACGAGGUGUCACGUGCCAAUCACCCUAUUACGGCACACCGGGUGAUCAUUAAAUCAAAUAAUGAUAAAAGAAAUUACUUAUAAAAGGGGCAAAAGGAAACGUGAGGGCAUAAUACAGCCCGGAUCGCAUUAAACUGUUGGGCACAGACAUCUUCUGAGCGCACCACUGUAUAAGCCAGCAUGCUUCACGUAUACCAUUCCUAAAAUCAGUUUUAUUCUAUAAUGUGAACCUAAAAGUCAAACGACAACAAAACAUUUGCGUAUACAACGAGAGAUUGUUAACGAUUAUUACUAUUUUUAAUUGACCAUUGUUUAAUUCUCUUUUGUAAAUACUGUUUAUAUUAAGAUUUUUUAAAAUAUUGAAGUUUUAAAGUAUUCGUUUUUUUAUGUAUUGAUUUUUUUUCAUGACGUGGUGUUUAUCCAAAUGAAGAUGGCAACAUACUAUUUCCACCCUCACGCUGCUUCUCUUGUGAAUAUUAAAAGACUGAAACCAGCAGUGUAAUUGAAUUGCAUUGUUUCUCCGAAAGUUAAUAUAAACAACCAGUAGAGUUUCCUUCAUAUGGCGCUUACUCGAAAAAAUGCACCUGUGGGACGCUGGACGUUUUAUUUUGUUUUUUGUGAGUAACUCACAAUAUGAUAUCGAAUUGAUAUUUCAUAUUGCAUUCGGCAUUCGUUUUAAUGUUAUAUUCUUCAUAGUUUUUUUUUUUUUUUUUUAACCAGACAUUGCGGUUAGCAAUACAGACAGAAAACGCUUGGAAAAGAAAGUAUUGCAAAAAUAUCUAUGCAAUUUAAAAAAAAAACACACACACACUAAAACUCUUCAUUUCACUGCCCACAAAAAAAAAAAAAAAAAAAAAAAAAAACAGUAGUGAGUGGACUGUACACGUGUUCUGUGUACUCAAAACUGGCACGCUCCCCUGGUGCGACACAGAGCGAUGCGCUGCAUAUUUCAUGAGCCUGAAGGACAUGCCAGGGAUUAUUUUUGCCCUGGGACGUGUUAAAACAAAAAUAAUUACUGUCUAUUCGUUUUGAAAAGACUAGAUAAAAUGGAGUAAGCAAAGUAAAAUGAACAAAUCCCUGAAAGACACAGUAUGCGGUCGUAUUUAAGAAAAUUGUAAUUUAUUUUAGACAAAAAGCCUGAAUUAUAAUCAAUAUAAAACGAACGAUCAUAUAAACUCAUAAACGCAUUGCCGCGAGGAAAGUAUGUUUAAGUGUAAAGUACACUGACUCCUGAAGAAAAUACAAAAUAAACUUUAAAAAACGAAUAUAUUCAAGUUAAAAAAGAUUUAUUGUAUAAUGAGGCAAGUGCAAAUUCAAUUACAGAAGUAUUUUCAAGUACGGUGUAAAAGAAAAUCACUUUUAACCAAAAUAAAAAAGGGCGAUUAUUAAAACGAUGUUAUAAAAAAGAAACGAUACAAAAGAAAAGAAUACGUACAAAAUCUGGAAAUAAAUACUAUUAUGAGCGUAAAUUUUAAGCUUAUUUUACAAAGGAGGACAGUGUUUGCACAAUAAGAGACUAUCAGUAAAUAUAAAGGCGGUGUCUAUACAUUUUACAGAAUACAUAAUCAUAUAGGUUUAUUUCGUAAUCGUUAUUUAUUUAUUUGUUUAUUUAUGUAUUUAUUU